ACAGCAAACCCUUCCGCACCAACAUUAACAACUUACACCGCAUCAGUUCGUGUAGUUUUUCCCUUCAUCUUCUGCCGCUGUCCGACCCACCAAUUCUGACUCUUCCUAUUUCGGCUUUAUUUUCUCUGCUGCCGCCUCAAAUGUCCACCUCCUCGGAGUAUUCAGGAUUUUCCGGUAACCGCCCGGCCAAGAUGACGCCGGAGAAGUCCACGUUCUCUCAGACUUGCAGUCUAUUGAGUCAAUACCUCAAGGAAAAGGGUACCUUCGGAGACCUUACUCUUGGGAUUACACGCACCGUCGAAGCAAACGGUUCUUCUUCUGAAGCAUCGUGUCAACCUCCAACGACCAUGGAGUUGUUUCCCACCAUCUUGACCCAAAGGAACCUUUCUGUUGUGGAUUUCUUCUCUUCGGAGCCUGCUUAUCCUUACCAAUCAGAGCUUCCAACUUUUGUGAAUAUGUCAAGUGGUUUCAAGUCUGUGGAAAAGGAGCCUAAAUCUGCUCCGUUGACAAUCUUUUAUGCUGGACAAGUGAUUGUGUUUGAUGAUUUUCCCCCUGAAAAAAUGGAGGAGAUAAUGGCACUGGCAAGCAAGGGAAUGUCCCAAAGCCCAAACUACCAGGCAUAUGCUCACUCUAGAAACCAGCAAGGAAAUCAUACUUCCUUUGUUGCUAAUGUCCCUCAACCAUCUCCCAUACCAACCGUUCGAGAUCUUCCAAUUGCGAGGAAAGUUUCACUUCAUCGGUUCUUCGAGAAGAGAAAACACAGAAUUUCUGCCAAUGCGCCAUAUCAAAUAAACAAUCUCAACCAUGUUUCAAAUAAGCAUGCCGCAGAAUCCAUUCCAUGGCUUGGAUUUGGUGUUCCAUCAAAAUAAAUCUGAGGGAAAUUGCAGUUUUAAGUAGUUUUAACCAUUUUUUUCUUCUUUGUUUGAUUUGCUAGCUCUUUGUGGUGUUAGUUUCACACUGCUUUGACCGUGGCAAAUCUAAACAUUAGUAACAAUAGUAAAGUAAGUAUUAGAUGAAGGUCUUGAUGUAUAAUUCUAAAUUAUUUGCCCUGUGUAGUGUUUCAAAUUGUCAUUUCAUUAUUUCAUCGUACUUGAUUUUUAAGUAAUAUUUUGGUAAAUCUUCUAGUUGUAACAAUCU